UUUGUUUCUUAGGAGCUCACCAAACCACUUCCCACAGGGUGUGCCAUGCCAGCAAUCGUAAACCUUCAGACAGCAGCUGAAGUAGCUCCAUCGAGUUAUUUCUUUUCAGCUACUAGAACAAUAGCAACGGAUAUCCGUCUAGGGCAAGAAGCGCGAAGAAAUAUGACAUGGGGAAAUGCAUGGAUAGACAAAUAGACAAGCGAAUCCAGACCAGAGCGCACAACUUACCUACCAAUACGGUACAUACCUGGGUAGCUACUUAGGUAGGUCGGCAGAGAUAUACCUGAUCGGCCUGCAUGUGAGAAGGGCCGCACAUAAUACCAAACCCAGUGCAUGCCCAAGACAUACCAUACCGCCCCGAGAAGCGCCUCCGAUUCGUAACGCGCGCCAUGUUCGUCGACCAGCAGAAGAAGCAAAGGAGGGAGCAGAGGAUGGAGAAGGCGCCUGUGGGCCUCACGCCGUACGGAAGAGCCACGGAGGGCCAGGAACCCCGCGUGCGUAUCAUUGGACAACGUUUUCAGGACCAAAACAGGAUGUUCAUCGAUAACAUCAUAGCUGCAUCAAGCUUGGGCUACAGAGUACUGUCCACUUGAGACUUGCCCACUCCCAGGCCUGCCAGUCCUAUCCAAUCUCAAGUCUA